AUGCCCUGCUGGGGUGGUGACAGCGUUGGUGUACCUCUCCAUUGCACAGGACAGAGAUUGGAAGUACCGGCUUCUGCACCGGGCCACGUACAUGCUGUAUGCAACACCUGGGCUGAUGUCCAAAAUGGAAUCUGGCCGCUGGCCGAUGUCCGACAGGUUGAUCAGAACAAUGUACCACAACUCUGA